CGCAUUAAUUAAGGGGGAAAAAAAAAAAGAACGCAAGAUAAAGCACACUCCACCACCCCCAACCUUCCGAAUCUUUUACUGUGGUCCCUUUACCACCCCCGGAAUCCCUUCAAUAAAUUAUAUAUAUAUAUAUAUAUAUAAAUUUACGCCCAUUCCUUCUAUUCGAUAUCGGAUCUAUGGCGGCGCCGACGACGGGUUCGGCCCCCCGCCCCGCUCCGCUGCCGGCCCUGCCGGAAAGCACCCCGGCGUCGGCGGUCGUGGCGAACCGGGAAGAGCCGAGCAACGAGUGGUACGCGUGGAGCGGCCACGACCGGCAGGGAGAGGAGUCGCGAGGAGUCACACGGAUCUUGUGGCGGGGCCGCCAGGCGGCGGCGUUGCGGAGGGCGGCGGUGGGGGCAAGGGUGGCGGAGACGGUGCUCUGCCUUGUCGCCUUCUCCGUCCUCGCCGCCGACCACCGCAAGGGCUGGGCCCUCGAUUCCUACUACCACUACAGCCAAUUCCGGUAUUGCGUGUCGGUGAAUGUGAUUGGAUUCGUGUACGCGGGAUUCCAGGUGUAUGCGGAGUUUCACCACAUGAUGAAAAAGAAGCACAUCAUCGACCGUCCGGUUGGGAAUUACUUCGACUUCGCCAUGGAUCAAAUAUUGGCAUACCUUCUGAUUUCAGCAUCAUCCUCGGCAACGGCUCGCAUCGCUGACUGGGUGUCCAACUGGGGAACCGAUCCCUUCCCAAACAUGGCCAAUGGCUCUGUUGCUGUGUCCUUCCUCGCUUUUUUGGCAUUUGCCUUCAGCUCCCUCAUCUCUGCCUACAAUCUCUUCAACCGAAAUAUAUAACCACUCUCCAUUUCAGUGACAGGCAGUGUCUGAUUUGUUUGUAUAUUUUUACACAUACUAUACACAACAAUAAAUUUGAUAUAAAUCUCUUUUCCUGGCAAUUCUUCUGUAAGCUUACUGCUCUUGGAAGGGUUUAGUAGCAUCACAAUGUAUAUUUGCAAGAGAUUUUCACUCU